AUGAAAAAAGCGAAUGUUAUAAAUAACUAUGACGAGCAAAUAAAAUCAUUAAAAGAUAAUAAUAUACCGUAUAAAUAUUAUAAUCCAUCACAUAAUAUAAAUAUUCAUAAUUAUUUAAGUUCAAAUGAUAUUAAUUAUAAGUGUAAAUCUAAUUCUUAUUUAAGCCUUAAUGAAUUAAUAGAAUUUGUUGACAAUUUAAAUAAUUCCAAGGAUUAUAACAUAAAUUAUAUAAAUAAUUAUUUUGAAAAUAGUAAAAAUGAAAUAAUAAAUAGGAAAGCAAAUAAUAAUGAAAAUUAUUUUCCGGAAAACAAUAUGAAUUCUGAAGAUUUUAAAAACAGAAAUUUGGGAAAUGAAAAAACCACAUUUAAGCAAGUAUAUAAUACUUACAACAGUUAUAAUGAUAUUAAAAAUACAGAAAUUAUCUAUACAUUAAGCAAUGAAUUAUCUAAUUCAAAUAAAAAUGAAAACAUAUUAUUACAUAACAAAUUAAAUAGGAAAACUUCUUCCAUAUCUCACAUUAAUAAUGACAAUAAUUUGUUAAAAGAUUUGCUAAAAUGUAGAGAAAAUUUAUCAAAGAGGAAUAACAUUAAAGAUCCUGAAAAAUUAAUUAGUACAAAAAAUUUAAAAUUGUUAUUAUUACAUCAACCUAAUUCCAUUGAUGACAUCAGAAAUUUGAACUUAACUGGUUUCAGUGAUGAUAAAAUAAAAAAAUAUGGAUAUGAGUUUUUAAAAGUUUUUUUAUCUAACUAUUAA